CCCUCUCCCCUCCCCUCCUCUCUUCUCGAGCCUCGACUCGUGUCUCCUCUCCUUCCACAGAGAGACAGACCACCACCGCCGCACGGCCCGCGCGACCUCCCCCGCGCUCCCCUCCGCCGCCGUAUUGAUUCCGCCGCGCUGCUGGGAGCCAUGGCAGGCGGCUCUAGGGGCGGCUUCCCCGCCUGGAUGACCGCCGCCGCCGCGCGCAUCGACCUCUCCGGCGGCGCCGCCGCCACGUCCGGCUCGCAGCCUCCCCAACCCGCCCCUCCGGCCGCGGUGGUGGCCGACCAGGAGCUCGGGAUGGCCGAACGCGCCCUCUCCGCCGCAAGCGCCGCCUUCAUCUCCGCCAUCAUCGUUAACCCUCUCGACGUCGCCAAGACGAGGUUGCAGGCGCAGGCGGCGGGGGUGCCUUACUACCAAGCACCCCAGAUGGCGGCGCUCGGCCCGGAUGCGAUACUGUCUGAGUUGCGAUGCUCUCCAUCAUGCACACGUGGUAUUGUUUUGGGAAGUGAACCUAUUUGCCCACCUGAUUGCUUUCAGUACAAGGGAACAGUUGAUGUAUUCUUGAAAGUUGUUAGACAGGAAGGAUUUGGUAGAUUAUGGAGAGGUACAAAUGCUGGCUUGGCAUUAGCUAUACCAACUGUUGGAAUAUAUUUGCCUUGCUAUGACAUAUUCCGCAACAAGAUUGAAGAUUUUACAAGAAGCAAUGCUCCUGGGUUGACACCAUAUGCCCCACUAGUAGCAGGAUCAGUUGCACGUUCACUCGCAUGCAUUGCUUGUUCCCCAAUUGAAUUGGCAAGGACACGGAUGCAGGCGUAUAAGGAAUUUCAGCCUGGAGUAAAGCCUCCUGGAAUGUGGAAAACAUUGCUUGGUGUUCUUUCACCACAUGCAAGUUCAAGUCAGAAUGCAGUGCAAAACUAUCGUGUUCUAUGGACGGGUGUGGGGGCACAGCUUGCUCGGGAUGUUCCAUUCUCUGCUAUAUGCUGGUCAACGCUGGAGCCGAUUCGAAGAAAGCUGCUUGGUCUUGUUGCAGAGGACGGUGACGCAGCUAGUGUGUUGGGAGCGAACUUUGCUGCUGGCUUUGUAGCAGGUAGUCUUGCUGCUGGUGUUACAUGCCCUCUUGAUGUUGCCAAGACAAGGAGACAGAUAGAGAAGGAUGCCCAGAAGGCAAUGAGAAUGACCACGAGGCAAACGUUAGUUGAUAUAUUGAGGUCUGAAGGUCCAAAAGGCUUGUUCACUGGUGUUGGUCCACGCGUCGCUCGUGCUGGACCAUCAGUUGGUAUUGUCAUUUCCUUUUACGAGGUCGUCAAGUAUGCUCUUCACCAAAGGAACAUGUCAUGACCAGGAUUUUGUCCGGAAGAUAAAACCACCACCUUCUUUUGUAGUAACAUGACAUUCCCCAGAUCUGUCUAGUUUAUGCCAGCCACUCGAGCUUUGGGCAGGGUAGGGUGUGGUAAAGGCUCAAAUUAGAGGAUCAAAGUGAGCAGCAAUCAGGCAUUAUUUUUCCUGGACGAGGUCCAGUUGUCUCCUGGUAAUAAUGUUUAAAGGCUUUCAGUUUUGCUGCGGAGCGAGCUCCAGUUUUGUCAGAGGGGAAUGGACCAUAUAACUUUGAUUAACUUACGUAGGAAGAUGAAUGUAGUGUAAGAUGUAGCAUUGAUGAUGAUCAAUAAUACCUUGCGCUUUGUACGCUUAAAACUACAGAAUAAUUUUGUUUUGCCUUGUCUCAAA